UUCGUCCAUCAAAUUUCUCCACACCAGCUCGUAGCCGUUCGUCAUUUUCAGAAGUUGAACUCAAAGCCCUAACAAAACCCUGAUUCAACACGCCUGCAAUCUCUCUCUCUCUCUCUCCAAUCCGUUCAAUCCUAUGCGAAGCUCGAAGUGAAUCGGAGAAGAUCAAUAAUGUCUGCAAUAGCUCGUUCUCGGAUUUUCUCUAUCAUAUCGAAGAGAAAGAAGCGUCCAUUUUCUUCGAGCGUGACUACAGAUCCUCCCAAAGAACCAAUGAUUUCUUCUUCCUCUUUUCUCAACAAUCAAGCUCCCGCCCCUCCUACUUCUCCUCCGCCACCGCCUCAGCCGCAGGCGACUGCAGCAGAGAAGAAACCAUGGAAUUUUCUAAAAUACAGUCUCGUCGCGGCACUUACCGGAGGCGUUGCUACAGCUAGUUACGCCACCUACGCAUACAGUUUGGAUGAAAUUGAUCAGAAGACAAAGGCUUUGCGUUCAUCGGCUAAUUAUUCCACAGGGGAUGAUGCAUCUGCCCUUGAUAAAUUUCAAGCUUUGCUAUACUCUGCAGCAAUGACAGUGCCCUCUAAGUUGGUCGAAUUUUACUUAGAUCUGAGGAGGUUAACUGAAGAACAAGUUCGAGGUUUUACUGAACCAACCUCAGAUAAGCUCCUGCCAGAUUUGCACCCUAUGGAGCAGCACGUGUUUACGCUUGUUCUGGACCUAAAUGAGACACUGGUAUAUUCUGAUUGGAAGCGUGAAAGAGGCUGGCGAACAUUCAAACGACCUGGUGUUGAGGCCUUUCUAGAACAUCUAGCUCAAUUUUAUGAAAUCAUUGUGUAUUCUGACCAACUUCCCAUGUAUGUUGACCCUGUCAUUGAGAGAAUGGAUACAAAGCAUGCGGUACGCUAUAGGCUAUCUAGGGGUGCAACCAAAUAUGAAGGCGGGAAGCAUUAUAGAGACCUCUCAAUGCUGAACAGAGAUCCCUCAAGGAUUCUUUAUGUGAGUGGUCAUGCACUAGAAAGUAGCCUUCAACCAGAAAACUCCAUACCAGUAAAGCCAUGGACGGGUGAUGCAGAUGAUACAGCACUUCUGGAUCUUAUUCCGUUUCUUGAAUAUGUUGCCCGACAUAGACCAGCUGAUAUCCGACCUGUACUAGCUUCAUAUCAGGGACGUGAUAUUGCCAAAGAGUUCAUUGAACGAUCGAAGGAGCAUCAGAGGCGAAUGCAAGAGCAAAAGCAGCAUGGCCGUCUCUGGCGGCGCUGAAGGUCGCAAUAUGUGAGAGUUAUUGACGGAUGUUAUGAAACAUUCGAGUCCACCUUGAAUGAGGAAACAGACGAAUAUAAUGACACAUAUGUCGUCUAGUUAUACGCCAUUUUGUGUGUUGAUCAUUUUCAGCACCAUUAUCUUUAGGUUCUUUCCCGGACCGUAGCAUUACCACCACCACUCCAAUUUUUCCCUUCAUUGUGAAUGAAAUAUGCAAUUUUGGCUACGGCAAUUUAGUUACUGGUACGAUUAUGUUCUAGUCUUGAUGUUACAUCAUCUU